AUGUUCGGAGCUUUCAGACAGAGUUCGAUAUUAUCAGGAGGACUGUUAUGGAAGACACCAUGGCGUCUCUCACCCACCCGAAAGGCCAACCAGCGCAAGAGGUUGAAGCAGGUAGAUUCGGUGAUUUCAGCUGUAGCUCAGUCUGGAGUUACGACGAGAAGCUUGGAAAAGGCUUUGGCAUUGCCUAUGGAGAGUGAGAUGAACCCUAGAGAUAAAUAUACGACGUUCUCGAAACAUCAUAGGGGCUAUAGGAAAUCACAACACAAAGUACCUAAAUGGACGAGGUUGACCCUACGGGAAAAUCCCAAAGGUUUCUAG